AUGAAUGCCGCGACGGCUGCGACUGCAAAUGGUGAAGACACGAGCUUCAUAGUCUUCUCCAACGGCAAGGACUCGAAGAAAUCCAAGAAGAACGAUUCCACACCUCCGACCGCAAGCAGCUCUUCGACCGCUGCUAAGGGUAAGGGCAAAAAUGCUGGACCCGAGCUGGACAUGGCUGGCGACCCCGUCAAGAAACCCGACACACGAACCUUGAUCGGCGGUCAAUCAUGGACAGGAAAACUCCCUGUCAACAUGCUCUCCGAGCACUGUCAAAAGCAGAAAUGGGAAAAGCCAGAAUAUACGAUGCAUCGAUCGUCAGAUCCACCUGGCCAGAUCUCGUCUGUAAUCUUGCGCUGGAAGAACCCAAAGACACAGGAAGUCGUGUCGUUACCACCCAUGUCACUUCCUCCGGCAAAGAGGGCGUUGGGUGUGCAAGAGACGGCUGUAGAGGCCAGACACUUUGCUGCCACCUAUGCGCUUUAUCGAGUCGCCAAUGCGAAGAACCUGCACAUGAUGAUGCCGCCCAACUACCGCGAUUUAUGGAAAGGAGAAUUCGCAGAUAUGAAAAAGGAGGCUACGAAAGAGGGUAUGGGCUGGUUAUAUGCUGCGGAUCCAUUCCAAGCACGAAAAGAGUGGGAUGAUGAAAGAGCUGCGAAAGAGAAGAAGAGACAAGAAAGAGAAAAGCACAUGGAGGCCGACAAGAAGGACAACAGUGCCCCAGGCGUUAACAGAAAUCCUGGAAAAGGCUGGACGAGAGCUCCCAAAGUCGAGAUGGGCAAGAAAAUGCGCAGAGAUGUCGAAGCGUUGGUCAGACAGGCUGCACUCUGGAACCCUCACGGCGUUACUCUUUCCAAUGCUGAGAAGAAACACAUCGUACAAGAUCUGUCCAAAUUAGGAUUCCGUCCCGCUCACGUCGAGGAAGCAGUUGAAAUCUGCAAGGAUCGCGAAGAGACGGUCGAGUGGCUUCUGAUCCACGUUCCCGAAGACGAUUUGCCAAAAUGGAGUUUACCCGAGAAUUACUCUGCUGGUGUUUCGAUGGCUAGUAGCGAUCUUGCCAGAGAGGGCAAAUUGAAACGUCUUGCAAUCACUGGCUACGCCAUGGAACUUUGUGAAGAAGCGCUCGAUGCGUCUUCAGGCGACGAAGCAAAGGCAGCAGAACGACUCCAACAUAGACUUCUCGGAAGCCUGGACUCUUCAUCUCUAGCAUCUUCUACUGAGAAACUCGAUAUUUCAGAUGAUGUCGACGUUUGGGAAGAAGAACAAGUCAUCUUGGCUUCUAUCUACAGUGAUAGAUAUAAGUCAACUAAGACUUCAUGUCAGAUCGUCUUGGAAGUGGCCGAGAAGCCAAAGGAGCGGAUUAUCCUUCAUGCCCGAAAACCCACGGCUGGAUAUCCGAACGUUGCUCAAUCUGAAUUCCUUGGCGAGCAGAUGCUGUUCAAUCUCAUCGACUGGCUCGAGCAUGAGAUCCCAAACAUUAUCGCUAACCCUGGCAAACUCAGCAGUAUCGCUUCAGUCUCUUCCACUUCGGCCGAGCCUGAUGUAGAAACUGCUAGCCGCAGACGUCCGCGCCAGAAGCGUAUGCCUAGACCUAUCAAUUGGCAACCGUCAACACAACAGAGCCAGAGGAUUCUUGCAGACUGGCAGGCCAGACAAGAAACUCCUGCACAACAGCGGAUGAUGACUGCAAGACAAUCUCUGCCUGCUUGGAAACUACGAAAUGCGAUUGUCGAAGCUGUCACAUCCUCUCAAGUCACUAUCAUCUCUGGUGAGACUGGUUCGGGAAAGUCCACUCAGUCUGUCCAGUUUGUUCUCGAUGACAUGAUCAGACAAGGACUUGGAGAAGCGGCGAACAUCAUCUGUACACAGCCUCGCAGAAUCUCAGCCCUGGGUCUGGCAGAUCGUGUCGCUGAUGAGCGAUGUGUCAAAGUUGGUGAGGAGGUUGGUUACUCGAUCAGAGGAGAGUCAAAACAGAAGCCUGGUACUACAAAGAUCACCUUCGUCACUACUGGUGUUCUGUUGAGACGACUGCAGACGUCUGGUGGAAAGCCGCAGGAUGUUGUCGAUGCUUUGGCUGAUGUCAGUCACGUGGUCAUCGAUGAAGUUCACGAACGCAGUCUGGACACUGACUUCCUGAUGGUGCUUUUGAGGGAUGUGCUGCAGGUCCGCAAGGAUCUCAAGCUGAUCCUUAUGUCUGCCACUCUGGAUGCACAAAUCUUCAAGAGCUACUUUGCUGGCAAGAUGACUGUUAGCACAGAGGGCGAUGAAGAGGGUGGCAAAGAGCCCAGCAUGGGCGCAGCUCUGCGCAGCGUCGGAAUGAAGAUCAACUACGAUCUCAUCUCAGACACCGUACAGACCAUCGACGAACAAUUAGGCUCGCAGGAAGGUGGCAUCCUGAUCUUCCUUCCUGGUCUUGCUGAGAUCGAUCGCACACUCAAAACAUUGCAGCAUCUGCAUCACAUCCAUGCCCUGCCUUUACAUGCCUCAUUACAGCCAGCUGAGCAGAAGCGAGUCUUUCCUCCUGCACCCGCCGGCAAACGCAAAGUCAUCUGCGCAACCAAUGUCGCCGAAACCUCCAUAACAAUCGAGGAUAUCGUUGCCGUCAUUGAUUCCGGUCGUGUCAAAGAAACCAGCUUUGACGCUGCCAAUGGCAUGAUCAAGCUUGAAGAAGUGUGGGCAUCCAGAGCAGCGUGCAAACAGCGCCGUGGUCGUGCAGGUCGUGUGCGAGCAGGUACUUGCUACAAGUUGUACACCAAGCAAGCGGAAACCACCAAGAUGGCUGAGCGUCCUGAUCCUGAGAUCUUGCGUGUGCCGCUGGAGCAGUUGUGUUUGAGCGUCAAGGCUAUGGGUGUGCUGGAUGUUCCGUCUUUCCUGUCUCGUGCCAUCACUCCACCUUCUACACUGGCAGUCAGCGGUGCAUUGACGACUCUGCACCGUAUGGGUGCUCUUGAUGGUGCAGAGCUCACAGCUUUGGGUCGUCAUCUUAGCUCCAUUCCUGCUGAUCUUCGCUGCGGCAAAUUGCUUGUCUAUGGCGCAGUUUUCGGCUGUCUAGAUGCUUGUCUCACCAUCGCAUCUAUCCUUACAGCACGCUCACCAUUUGUUUCUCCUCCUACUCGCCGUGACGAGGCCAAGGCAGCUCGAUUGGCAUUUGCACCAGGCGGCCAAGGAGAUCUCCUUUGCGACCUCCGCGCCUUUGAACUCUGGAGUGCCAAACGUGCCGAAGGCGUUCCUUCCUCAUCCCUCCGCCAAUGGUGCGACAGCAACUUCCUCUCCACACAAACUCUCUUCGACAUCAAUACCAACCGCCGCCAAUACAUGUCUUCCCUUCAAGAAAUCGGCUUCUUGACUUCCUCUUCUGCAUCUUCUGCAGACCACAAUGCUAGAAAUGGCAACACAGCCCUUGUCCGUGCAUUGGUGGCUGCAGCAUUCUCUCCCCAGGUCGCACGCAUAGAGUUCCCGGACACCAAGUAUGCAGCCUCGGUCUCUGGUGCUGUGGCUCUGGACCCAGAAGCCAAAACCAUAAAGUACUUCCGCGAACCCAAUGCCUCUGCUGCACCGACUUUGGCCUUGCAGAACGGCAAACAAGCACAGCAACAACAACAGGAACAGGGCAAUCCGAGACUGUUCAUUCAUCCCAGCAGUGUUUUGUUUUCAUCAGCACCAGGUCAAAAUUUCCCUCCUUCUACUGCUUUCUUGUCUUAUUUCUCGCUGUUGUCGACGUCAAAAACAUUCAUUCGAGACUUGACGCCCUUCAACGCAUAUACCCUUCUUUUGUUCUCUGGCGAUAUCACGCUGGAUACGCAGAAUAGGGGUUUGGUGGUUGAUGGCUGGAUCAGACUCAAGGGAUGGGCAAGGAUUGGGGUGUUGGUGGGUAGAUUGAGGAAUAUGCUGGAUGCGGUGUUGGAGGGACUUGUGGAGAGGCCUGGAGAAAAGCUCAGUGGCAAGGAACAAGGAUUGGUGGAUUUGGUUGCUAGGUUGGUUGAGUUGGAUGGGUUGGACAGAUAG